UGUUUUCCUCUGUAUUUAUUACAUAAUGGAUCCAAGAGAGCAAGAAACGCUGCGAAAGAGAAUCGAAAAGAUGGAGAAAGAGCUGAAGAGCAGCCUGGAAAGGGAGGAGAAGAUGGGAAGAGAGCUGCAGAGCAUACGGGAGCGGCUGCGGGUGGCGGAGGAGGGGGAGGAGCGGCUGUGCUAUCAGCUGGGGGAGGCGGAGGCCGAGGCGGUGGAGAAUGCGGAAGAAUAUAGAGCUAAGGUCGAGGCGUUGAUGAAGCAAAUGUCCCAUGCACAAAAGCUUUUGAGCAAGUAAAAAUUAAUGAUGCCGGUUUUUAUUCAUUUUUUAUUCUUUUGUGAUUUUAUUCAUAUACAGUAUUAAAGUGGUUUGAUGACGAUUUGAACUUUGAAUUCUUAAUUUUUUAAAUAUUUAUAUUUCUUUUUGUUUGAGUGAUGAUAAAUCGGUAUAUUGUUUA